CUGGCAGGGGAUUACAUUCUCGGAGGGCUCUUCUCUCUCCAUGCUGAAGCGGUGGGACGCCCCUAUCUCAAGCACUCCCAGGUGCCCAUCUGUAAAGAGCUUAAGCUGAAGGUGGUCAGUUACAGCUACCUCCAGGCUAUGCGGUUUGCGUUCGAAGAGAUCAACAACUCCAGUGUCCUCUUGCCAGGGAUUUCAUUGGGCUACGAGAUGGUGGAUGUCUGUUACCUCACCAACACCAUCCACCCACUCCUCUAUUUCCUCUCCAACAACCAGUCCCUGAUCGAGAUCAAGACGAACUACAGUGACUACCAGCCCCGGGUCGUGGCUGUCAUUGGUCCGGACUCCUCGCCUGCAGCGGUCACCAUGGCUUACAUUUUGGGUCAGUUCCUCAUCCCUCAGAUCACCUACAGCGCCACCACCGAGGCGCUGAGCAAUCCCAGGAUCUUCCCUUCCGCGUUCCGCACCAUCCCCAGCACCGAGCAGCAGAUCGCCGUCAUGUUGGAGCUGCUGCGGUACUUCAAGUGGAACUGGGUCAUGGUCCUCGCCAGCGACGAUGACUAUGGGCAGCAGAACUUACAGCUGCUGCACAGCCAGGCCUCCUGGGCCUGCAUCGCCUUCCAGGAGACCAUCCCGGUCCUCCAGGCCGACGAGCAGGUCUUGAGCACCAGCGCCAACGCCAGGAUCAGGGAGGUGGUUGAGAAGAUCGACCGCAGCAAGGCCAGAGUGGUGAUCGUCCUGAGCUUGGAGCUGCCGCUGCUGAGCUUCUUCGAAGAGGUCGUCCGGCAGAACGUCACCGGCUUGGUGUGGAUCGCGUCUGAAGCCUGGUCCAUUGACCCGUCCACCCACAACGUCACCGGCCUCGCCAGCGUGGGCACGAUCCUCGGGGUGGCUGUGCAGGACGUUCCCAUCCCGGGGUUGGACGACUUCCGGGUCAGGGGGUGCUCUGGGCCAGCAGAGAGUGCUGGAGCCCCAGCCGGCAGAGUGACGUGCAACCAAGAUUGCGACGCGUGCCUCCCCAUGGCUCAGCAAUACAAUCAGAACCUGCGGGGGACGGGCAACCGCAUUGACUUCAACGUCUACUCCGCCGUCUACGUGGUUGCUCACGCCUUGCACCGCCUGUUGGGCUGCAGUAACACCAGGUGCCACAAGAGGGCGGUUUACCCCUGGCAGCUCCUGAGGGAGGUGGGUCGGGUGAACUUCACCCUCCUGAACAUCACGUUCAACUUUGACGAGAAAGGGGACCCCCCCAACGGCUUCGAGGUCAUACAGUGGCAGUGGAGCGUCCCCGGGAAGCCUUUUAAGCGCGUCGCGAGCUACAGUUCGCUGCAGCAGAAGCUUCAUGUCUACCUCGAAAGCAUCGUCUGGCACACGGUCAACAACACGGUCCCUAAGUCCAUCUGUUCCGAACAGUGCCGCUCAGGGGAAAAGAAGAAACUCAGCGGGUCGCUUUCUUGCUGUUUCGACUGUGUCCCGUGUGAAGCCGGGACUUUUCUGAAUAAAAGUGACAAUUUCACCUGCGAAAGUUGCCCGUCGGACAUGUGGUCGAAGCCUGGCCAAGAGGAGUGCUUCAAGCGGCUCGUGGUGUAUCUCACGUGGGACCACCCCAUCUCCAUCGUGCUGGCGUCUUUCUCCGUGCUCGGCCUCUUGGCUUCUUUCGGGAUCCUGGCCACGUUUGCCCGCCACGCCAAAACCCCCGUGGUGAAGUCGGCCGGCGGCAACCUUUGCUUCCUCAUGAUUGCCUCCCUCACUGUCGGCUUCGCCAGCAUCCCCUUCUACAUCGGCUUGCCGACCGAGCUCAAGUGCUUCUGCCGGCAGAUAGUCUUCAGCAUCUGCUUCACCAUCUGCAUCGCUUGCAUCACCGUCCGCUCCUUCCAGAUCAUCUGUGCCUUCAAGAUGGCUGCCCGGCUGCCCAGAGCCUACGAUGCUUGGAUGAAGUACAACGGGCAACGGGUAUUCGUCGCUGUCGUCUCCAUUGUCAAGGUCAGCAUCGUGGUAUUCGACUUCCACUACCACUAUCCGGCACCGGUCCACGCCGUGGAUAGCAGCGACCCGACGACUCUGAUCCUAAUGUGUAAUAUCAACUAUGGAUCUGUUAUGGGCUUAGACAGCAUCUUCGACAUAGGCUUAUCAAUCCUGUGCUUCGGUUUUGCCUACAUGGGGAAGGCCUUGCCCAGAAACUACAACGAAGCAAAGUACAUCACCUUGUGCAUGACCACCUAUCUCAGCUCUUGGGCGGCCUUCUUCCUGGUUGUAUCCUUCUUUGAAGGCACAGCAGUGACCAUCUUUGACAUGGCCGCCAUGCUGUCCAACUUGUUCGGGGUCUGCCUGGGGUUCUUCGGGCCCAAGUGUUACAUGAUCUUCUUCCACCCGGAACGGAACACACCCGCCUUCUUCCAGACGGCCAUCCAGAGCUACACCAUGAGGCAGGAGUAG